AGAAGCAAAUUUAUUAUGGUAUUGGAGAAGAUGAAGAAUGAGAAGAAAGUUGAACAAUUUCUUUUAAGAUUUUGAUAUGGAGAUCGGAAAAUACUGUCUUCAUCAAGAAGUCAUCGAGGAAGAAAUACUGUCAAGAUUGCCGGUGAAAUCACUCUUGAGAUUCAGGUGCGUUUCAAAAACAUGGCUGUCUUUAAUAGGCAGCAAACGCUUCAUCAAAGCCCAUCAUCAAAAUUCAAUAAAAAAUCCAUGUUUCCCCCAUCAAAGGCUCAUUACACUGAAGAAUACGCGUGAUAGGCCUGAGGAAUGUUCUCUGCAGUCAUUGCUGAGUGAACGACCUAUCAGUCGAGAUUCAACUGAUGAUCUACUGAUGACUACAUUGCUGCCAUUUCGAAUUUGGGGAUGCUAUAAUGGGCUGUUCUGCGUUCUUGAGAAAUCAAGCAAACUACCCUUUGUUGUUGAGGAGAAACCAAGAAAAAUUUACUUGUGGAACCCAUCAACUCGAAGCUCCAAGAAACUGCCAGAAAUUUCUGGUCCAGGCUUUGCUAAGAAUUACGGAUUCGGUUGGGUUGAAUCGAGUGAUGAGUACAAGGUGUUUGUGAGUGUGGUUGAUCGUAACUCCAAGGUUGGUGAAGUUUAUAGUUCAAAGACAAAAUCAUGGAAAACAAUUGAGUUGAGGGCGGAUUUAGUUGAAUGUUGCGGUGAUGGGGUGUUUGCAGGUGGGAAGCUUUACUGGAAGAGAAAUGGAUAUGAAGAAUAUAUAAUUUUCUUGGACUUGAAGAGUGAGGAGUUUGGAAGGAUUGAGAUUCCCUUUCAACAAGGGUGGAGAAGUAGAAGUUGCUUGGUGGGUGUGGUAGGUGGUUGCCUUUGCGUGACAUAUUAUAACCAUGGAAGGCCAGUUCAACUUUGGGUUAUGAAGGAGUCUUGGAAGAAAGUGGCGACUCUUGCUCAUCUUGUUCAGCUUCUUCUACCAUUGGUGGUGGCUCAAAACAGAGAGAUUUUGGUCAAUUGUGGAUCCACUUUGUUGGUUUACGAUCGCGGAGAUAAUGCGUUCCGCAGUACUAAGUUUUGUUUCCGUUACCGUACACGUGUCUACGUUGAAAGUUUAAUCUCACCAGAAGAUGUAUGA